UAUCUUUUCUCUUCUCUCGGUGGAUAUUCCACGACUCCGAAUGCCAAGCUAUUUGCAUUUCCCUCGUUUGGUUGAAGAAACGCAAAACGGGCUCCUAGACCUUGUUCAUAGCUAAUGGCUAAGAUGAAUCUAGCAACAAGACUUUUAUGAAGUUGACAGAGAAGAAGAUUGAGAACAAUCCUAGUAGGUGGCAUGAGGUCUUGUCUGAGGCUUUGUGGGCUCAUCGUGUCUCAAGGGGAUGGCGCUGCUAAAGUUUCUCCAUUUGAGCUUGUUUGUGGUCAAGAGGUCAUGUUACCUGUCAAAGUGAAUUUGGAUGCAUAUAGACUUGCAAAGCAAAAUGAUCUAUCUGCUAUUAUGUACUAAGAUGACUAAUAAGAGAAUACAAGCCUUCAAAGAGAUUGAGAAAGACAAAGCUGGACAGACCGACCAGAGUACACCGGCCAGGUCGAAGAGUUGAUGAACCUUAUCGAGUGGUCAUGUUUGGAUGGGCCUGGCGUGGUCGGCAAUUUCCUUAGCUCACGAGUGCAGCCCGUGCCAGAGGAGGGUCCACCCGGGUUAUGAAUACCAAGGAAACCAAGACACGACGAGGAUACACAAGGACAACCUGGAGAAGCCAGAAGUCCAGCACAGAAUCAACGAGCUGUUCAAUCUCGCAGACAGCAGCUUUGUGCGUAGCGACAACCGGAUGCACGCAUACAAGUUGGGUCGACCAGCUCCAAAGAUCGGAGAUAUUGACCGAGCGUCGAUGUAUGUGUCCCUGGCGCCCGGCAUAGAGCACCCGACAGGAGUAGACCCGCCUAUGGAUAACGCUGCUCGGUGUUAUCGAUACACCAGUAGUGAUGAAGAUGACGGUCAAGCAGUGCCGACCACCGAUGACAGAGUCGCCGACAAGAGACCGAUGGCUGGGGAGCAAUCCCAAGCAGGGGUGGUGCCAAGAGAGUCGGCGCAAGGGCCCUCGUCCGGCCAGGGCUCGGCUUCGGGCGCCCGAGCGCCGAAGCGUCGACGACUGCUUCGAGUCGUUGAUGACGAUGAGGAGGAAGAGGAGGCGGCCCCAGAUCUGGUCCGCAGACCACGUAGUCGUUCUAAUUAAAGUGGUCCUGGCGCCUAGCACACGACGCGCUGAAGACCCGCCCAUUGCACAGGCCCCUGACGAGCAGGCGCGUUCAGACCAGGCGCAACCAACAGCGGUGGCUGACCGCGCCAGGCGCAUGAUCUUCUCAACGUCGCACAGGAGCUC